AAAUUAUGAUAUUGUUUGUGAAUUUUAAUUAAUAUAUAAAAUAUGUAUAUAUUUUUAUUUAUAAUAUUUCCAUUUUAAAAUAUUUUUGAAAAUGAUUUUAUAUUUAUUUUUCCACCCGCAACCGCCCGCAAUCACAAACGCUAUCUGGAACCAGCUUUUGAUUUUACGAGGUUCGGAGCGGUUUGUAGCGAUUUAUAGCGGUGUGUAUUAUUGUUUCGAAACGCUGUCAACCGCUACCAACCGCAAAAGCUGCGUUUGCAGGUCGUAGCGGGAAAACCAGCCAUGCCCUUAAUAGUAGUUUUAAUAGUGUAUAUAGGUGUGAGUAAUUAUAUAUUUAGUUGUUUUCUUUUGUUUUAUCAUUUUUUCGUUGACUUGUUUAUUGUAAUCAGAUUCUAUUUCGGUUUUGCGGUUAAUUAAAUAUCCAAAUAUACUUGUUGAGAUGGUUCGAAUGUGGUUAUUAUGACGGUGUAGAUAUUUUAAUCAAUUUAAAAAAAAAAAUUGAAGUCAUCUAGUUUCACUUAUGGUAUUAUGUCAGAUUUUUUAUAUUACAUAUCUCGUUCGGACUCUGAAUAUAUAUAUAUGUGUAUUUUUAUUUUCAUUUAAAUAUUGGAAUUAUGUUUAGUUUUUUUUUUUCUUCUAAUUUAGUGUGUAACCUUUUUACUUUUAUUUUUCAUAUUUAUUAUUUGUAUUUAAAAAUUAUUUUGGCUAGCUAUGACAUCGGUUAACAAUCCAGAGAGAACUUCAGUGUUAAGUGUGCUUGAGUUAGAGAAAUCAAAGGAUGUGUGUCAUAUCAGAAAACAUGAAAUAUGUCCAUUCUAGUAGUGUGUGAUGAGAAAAAGUACGAGAAAUGGUCACUUCGUGUUUGUAUGACCAGUAUAUCAAGUCUACCGAGCCUUUCGCCCUUUCCUACAGUGCACCAGACUUCGAAAGAGGGUGAGGCUCAUAUUAGCGUAAUUUAAAUUAAUUCGUUGAUACUCUCAUCUCUGAUUCCACUCCACAAGGCUUGAUCAAUACCAGUUGGUUUAAUUGUUUUCAGUUUAUGUUUUUCAAUUGUUUUUAGUUGGUUGUACAAAGUUUUCAUUUCGUUAUAACCCCCUCCCUCCCCUCCCCCCUCCCCCCUUUCCCCUCACAAAAGAAAUUUUUUUUUUAUUAAAAAGGCAUGAAUCUCAAAAAAGAAAUGAAAGAUAUUUGUAUCAUAUUUAGACAGUGGCAUUUUUUACAAAUAAUGUGCAUAUCAUUACAAAGUGAAGAUAUCCUUGACAAUAACACUUGUCAACACCAAUAAAUUUCAAGUUAUCUUGUAGCAUUAGUAUGCAUUAGGUAAUUAAGGAAAAUUCCAUUAAUUAGAAACUUAGCAUUGGUAGUAAAAUUAGCGACCAGAGUAACAACAAAUGACUUGGAGCUUUUGACAACUAUAUAAAAAUUUAUUACCAUAACAAAACAUAAUAUAGAAAACCACAGAAAGAAAAGUAUCAUACAAUCAUCAUGGGGAAGAAAAAGAUGGACCUAACUUACAUUACCGAUGGCAGGGCAAGGGAAGCAACUUUCAACUUAAGGAAGGAAGAAUUGAAUCAGAAACUCUAUGAGCUCCAUGUUCUUUGCGACGUUGAUACAUGUGCGGUCAUCUACAAUCAAUACGACCCUAAUCCAGAGGUAUGGCCAUCGAACUCAGAGGUUAAAAGUGUAUUAGAGAAGUUUGAGAUGUUGUCAGAGAAAGAGAAGACAUGUAGAUCGGUGAACCAUGAAGAAUUUCUCCAUCAGAUGAUCGAAAAAGCCAGGACGAAAAGACAGAAACAGAAUGACCAAAACAAGGAGAAAUACAUGAGGGAGCUCAUGUUCGCGUUUCUCAAUGGGAACAUUGAAGAUUUGAGUUUAAACAAUGAUGAUCGUUCUGAGCUGUGUAGUUUCAUUGAUCAAUAUCUUAAGGAGCUUGUUCAGCAUAAGAACCAAACCUUAAACAAUCCAAAUUUUGAAAUCGGCCAGUCUUCCUCAAUGGCUCUGGACUUGAACAUAGCACAAACCUCUAUUGCUGAAGCAGGUUCGUCUUCCUUUCAGGUCUCCAAAACCUCUAGGUCUUCUGAACUAACCAAAAUGUUGCAGUCCGUAAUCUCUACAUACCAUAGUGAUUUACCGCUUGACAAUUUUGUUGCAAGUGUUCCCUCAACAAGUAGCAACGAAGAAGUAUAUAUUCCGGUUAUGAAUCAGGUUCGAGCUUAUGAUUAGCAUCCAUAUAUUUUGUUAAAAUCAUAACCAAUAUAAAAACAAUAUGUUAUUCUAUUGUCUCAGGUUGAAUCUUACAAUCAGAAUCAAAAUCAAAAUCUGGAACAAGGAUUCGUUGAAGAAAUGAUGAAAAUUGGUGAGCAAACAGGUUUUCCUUGGAUGGAAGACAACAACCGGUUUAAAAACGUAUCCAUCGAGGCAGACGGCAAUACCAGUCAUCUUAUGUUUACUUUGUCUUAAAUGAUUUUCAGUGACAAAUUUUUGAUUUGACAUCUCUUCUCUUUUUUCUUGCAUCAAGUUUGAGUCUUUAAAUUAAUGUCUUCUCUAUCAUGUGAGGAAAACGAAAUGGUAAAUUAUUAGUUUCGAUUCAGAUUCUAAAAUCCUUUGGUAUUGUUUGUCUUCUAUAUAGGAUCUUUUUAAUUCAACAAAAGUUUAUUUAAAAUUACAUAUUUUCUCCCUUAUGCAAGAGGAUCGUUAAUACUUCUUUUUAUUAGUAGUAAAUUCUGUACAAAAUAAAAAGUGUGUAUAGAAUAUGAAAGUUGUAUUACGUUUUAUAGAGAUGACACAAGCGAUUGCCUUCUCAAAGGUUUCCAAGUUCAUGUUUUAGAAAUAUUUAUCCGAUAAUUCAUUUGGUUGAAACUACUACAAUUGGCAUUUGUCUUAAUAUACUCGAUUUUAAAUUUCUUGGUUAUAUCAAUUUUAUAUUCAUUUAAAAUUUAACCUUCUAGUUGAUUGGAUUAUUUGAUUAGGAAGAAACGAGUUUACGAAGAAGUGCUUAAAAUUUGAACCUAGAAAAUAUGCUCAACAGUUUGCAUAUAAAUUCCAAGAGCGAAAAUGUGACACCCGUCACUUUCGAAAUAGUAAAAAUAAUUCGAUAAGUACAAAUAUCUGAAAUAUCCAUAUAUAAAUAUUUGAAAGUCAACAUCCACGCUUGAAUUCCAUAAUAUAAAAUAAAAUCUGAAACAUAAAGUACGACAUAAACCGAGAGUCCGAAAUACGAAAUAACAUAAACGAUAAAAGCCCAAAGGCCUAGAGGCCCGAUAACGAUAAAAGCGAUAAAACGAUAGAAGCCCAAAAGCCCAAUA